AUGGAAGGGCCUAAAGUUUUGACAUUUGGUUCUAUCAAUAUUGACGAGUUUUUCGAAGUUCCUCAUAUAGUUUCAAGUGGAGAAACUAUAACGAGCAGUAAAUAUUCUCAAAAAGCUGGAGGAAAAGGUGCAAAUCAAUCAGUUGCUUUAGCAAAGGCGGGUGCAUUCGUAUGGCAUGCAGGGAAAAUCGGACGUGAUGGCACAUGGAUCAAGGAAUAUAUGAAAGAAUUUGGAGUUAAGGUGGAUCAUAUAAUUAUUUCGGAAGAUCAGCCAACGGGACGCGCUUUUAUCCAAAUUUCUCAAGAAACGCGAGAUAAUUCUAUUGUUCUUCUUCCAGGAACAAAUCACAUGAUUAGUUUGAACGAAGCAAGUAAAAUUUUAGACCGGGAAUUUGGAAUAGGAGAUUGGGUUAUUAUGCAAAAUGAAAUUGGACAAAUUGGAGGCGAAAUUUUAAAACUCUGCAAGGAAAAAGGGCUCACGAUUGUUUUCAAUCCAGCACCAAUUUCUGAAAAUAUCAUCACAGUAUUUUCAUUUAAUCUUGUAGAUUAUUUAAUCGUUAAUAAAUUAGAAGCUUUUCAGCUUUAUAAACAAAUAAGUGAAUCGAAUUGCGAUGACAAAAAUAUUUCUGCACAGGAUUUACUUACAUUUAUAUCAAAUGAGUAUCAACAACUUAUUGGAAUAAUCAUCACUUUCGGAAGUGAAGGACUAUACGCGUGGUAUAGACCAGAACAUAGAAUGUUUAACCUUCCUGCAUUUAAAACGGAAGUUUUGGAUACGACAGGGGCAGGCGAUACAUUUGCAGGAUAUUUUAUAACUUGUAUAGUUCGAGAACUGAAAAAUGAUGGAUCCAUUCUUAUCACAGAUGUCAAUUCUUCUAUGAAUUUACCAACAGCGGAAGGUUUUCUAAAUGCAUUGAAAGAGGCUACCGUCGCAGCAGGUCUGACUGUUAGUAGACUUGGCGCAAUGGAAAGUAUUCCUUCAUUUAACAUUCACAUUGUUCUAAUGGAAGUCACUCAAGUACAAGAAAAUUACUGCAAAGAAAAUUAUCCUUCAUGGAAUAUGCUUGGUAAUAAUUUGCAACUCAAACCAUUAAAGGAUGCGAAAUUUUCACUAAAAAAUAAAAUAUUAUCUUCAACACACGUGCAACCACCAUUGAAGUAUACUCCAUAUGAUUCAAUCUUACCACAAAAAAGUCAUGACUCUCAGGGUUAUGAUGGUUUAUCAGAUAUCGAACCAUUGUUUAAUAGUAUUGGUGGUCAACAACAAUUUAAUAGUAGAUAUUAUAUUGAAUAUGAAAAAGAUCUUAUUUUUAAUAUUUUUUCCCCAGGCGUUAUAAGUGAUGCUUUAAAACAUGCUUUAGGGAUAUUGGAAAGUGGUGAUGAGCCUCCUUAUUAUAAGAGGAUGAGAGUCUUUGGAUAUCCUCCUGGGUAUUGGGGAGAUAAAGUGGGUGAUGAUCCUCUGAAAUCUAAAAAAGACAGAUUAUCUAAAUUGGAAUUAGAGAAUUGGAAUUCCGCAACAUUAAAAAUUUAUGGUGAUGUUUCAACAGAUGAUGAUUCUGACAAUUCAGAGAAUGAAAAAGAUUCAUCAUCAGAAGUAGUGGAGAAUUGUAUCAAUAACGACAAAAAUGACAUUAUAGAUCAGGAAACCAAAAAUACUCAGGAGCCUCAACAAGAAAAAAAUAAGAAAUUUCCAUUAGUUUAUUAUCCCGGAUUAGAUUUAGAUUUCUCCAAAUUUGAAAAGACCAACAAGACUAUUAGUAAAAGUAAUUUAAAUAAUAAUAAUUUACCAAAAUUUAAUGUUGAAGGACAUUCUGCAUGGUACCCUACUAAUACCGAAGGUUAUUAUCAAUAUCAUUGGACUAUGCCUGAUUGGUAUAAUAAUGGAUAUUCGGGGAAUGCAUGCAAUUUGUGGUAUAAUUACCAAGAGCCACCACAUACAAUUAAUAACAAUAUAGAGCAACCACCGCCUCCCGGAACUACAAGUAAUCUAGGACAACUUCAACAACCUCCUUCUUCUUGGAUAAUAAGUAGUUUAGAGACGUAUCCUCCGCCUCCCGGGAUAAUACCUUUAGCUAGAACAUUUAAUGAUUCUCAACAAUCGCCUGUACAUAAUGCAUCAUUCUUGCCAUGUCAGAAUGUCCCAUUUUCAAUACCUUCUUUAUCUGAACAAAUACAGCAGAGAUCUGAAGAUCAAAUUAUGAAAAAAAGUAAUCCAUACAACAAUAUCGAGAUUCCGAAUGUUGAAGAAGAUAUUGAUAUGGACCUUUCUGAAUAA